AUGCUGUCGAGCCGCUGUAUAGAAUCGACUACAGAAGUGUUCUGUCGCAUUCACAAUGUACGCGCUUGUGUGUUUAAGUUUCCUAGCUUGCGCCCUUGCGGCACCCAAAUAUCAUUUCCAGCCACCGCCGCCGCCUCAUUACCACCAUCAUGAUCACUACUACCACGGCUCCGACUUGGACGACUUCAUGACCGAUGAUGUUUUCGACACCGGAAGAUUCUUCAACGCUUUCAACAGAGAAAUGGAACAGCUAGAAAAGGCGAUCGAAGAACUCGUGAAACACUACCCCAGUCAAACGACAUGUGGUCUUCAAGGAAACCAAUACAAAAUCAAUAUAAACCUCAACGGUUUCCACGAGAAGGAGAUCUCCGUUAAAGCUAGAGAAGGCUUGUUGAUGGUCCAGGCCGUUCACAAGACUGAAGAAGGUAGCGAGAAGAGCUACUUGGACGUAAGGACGCUUCCAUCCUUCGUUAAAACUGAUAGCGGUAGCUGGACUUACGGUGAAGACCUUUUGAAGAUCGUGUUUGAUGUUAAAGAGGGUGCGAGUACAACUGAAGUUGCGGGUACAACUGAAGUUGCGGGAACCACCGAGGCCGAUGAAGCGACACAGGCCCCCGAUCGUGAGGAGAUGGAGAGCCACGAGAGUGACAACACGGAUCAGGAUGCUGACGUCGGCGCGCGAGGGGACACCGAACUUAUCACCAACGAGAUCCCUAAGGGACAGGAGACGGUGGAAGCUACCACGUACGCGGUUGACUUUAACAAUGAGGUAGAAUUUGUGCCUGUGCGUUUGAAUCCAAUUAAGCAAUAAUUCGAAAUUUGUUUACAAUAAUAGUUUGCAUCUUUAUUGAACAGGAUAACUUAAUUUUCUGAAAACCAAACCAGAACAGAUGUAGUGGCGUAUUUAUAAUUGUAUAACAAUAAAUUUGCCAUUCAUGUUUAAGUUAUUAAAUGUAAAUAACAAGUAAAA